CCACUAUCUCACUCUCCUUCCCUCCUCUUCCUCUCUGCUUCUCCGCAUCUCCGAUGGCGAUCGCUGAGCUCUCUCCUUCCUAUCCGAGAGCCCGCGUGCACCCUUCAAGCCUCUCUUCAAGGUUCUCCAACCCUCUUCUCUCCCGCCGGCGCUUCAUUCCUCUCCGCCCUUCCCGGCCCAAUGGAGUUCUCUGUUCUAUUGCUCCCAACCAAAUUCAGGUUCCUGUUGCGACUCCCGCGGAUUCUGCGGGAAAAAAGGAGUGUUUCGGUGUGUUUUGCACUACCUACGAUCUCAAGGCGGAAGAGAAGACAAAGUCAUGGAAGAGUCUAAUCAAUAUUGCGGUGUCUGGUGCGGCAGGGAUGAUUUCUAAUCAUUUACUAUUCAAGCUGGCAUCUGGUGAGGUUUUUGGGUAUGAUCAACCUAUUGCCUUAAAAUUGUUAGGAUCUGAGAGGUCAUUUCAAGCUCUGGAAGGAGUUGCUAUGGAAUUAGAGGACUCCUUGUAUCCUUUGUUGCGAGAAGUAAGCAUAGGAAUUGAUCCUUAUGAGGUCUUUCAGGAUGUGGAGUGGGCUCUUCUAAUUGGUGCCAAGCCCCGAGGUCCUGGAAUGGAACGUGCAGGCUUAUUGGAUAUUAAUGGGCAAAUUUUUGCUGAACAGGGAAAAGCACUCAAUGCUGUGGCAUCUCGGAACGCAAAAGUUUUAGUUGUGGGCAAUCCGUGCAACACAAAUGCUCUUAUUUGCAUGAAGAAUGCUCCGAACAUACCAGCAAAGAAUUUCCAUGCAUUGACUAGGUUAGAUGAAAAUAGAGCCAAAUGCCAGCUUGCCCUGAAAGCCGGUGUAUUUUAUGAUAAAGUGUCUAAUGUUACUAUAUGGGGAAAUCAUUCGACAACUCAGGUUCCUGAUUUUUUAAACGCUAAAAUCGAUGGCCGGCCACUAAAGGAAGUUAUUAAUGAUAUCAAAUGGUUGGAGGAAGAGUUCACUAACAUCAUUCAAAAUCGUGGAGGUGUGCUGAUUAAAAAAUGGGGUAGGUCUUCAGCUGCAUCAACUGCUGUUUCAAUAGCCGAUGCAAUAAAGUCUCUCAUCACUCCCACUCCAGAAGGCGAUUGGUUCUCCUCCGGGGUUUAUACCAAUGGAAAUCCUUAUGGCAUUGCAGAAGAUAUAGUUUUCAGCAUGCCCUGCAGAUCACAGGGAGAUGGUGAUUAUGAGCUAGUCAAAGAUGUACUAAUCGACGAUUUCCUCCUAAAACGUCUUAGAAAGACCGAGGCUGAGUUACUUGCUGAGAAACGAUGUGUCGGCCAUCUUACCGGAGAGGGCAAUGCAUAUUGUGAUCUACCGGAGGACACAAUGCUUCCGGGCGAAAUGUAGUUAAUAGAUAUCAAUUUUCAUGGAAAUGUUUGUGAGAUAUUGAAAUGAACAAAUGAAACCCUAAACAACAAAAAAAGCGGAAAUCCUCAUAUAUUUGAUGCUUCUUGUUAAUAUGUAUUUAUAUGCGAAAUCAGUGGACUUCAGUAUCACAAGCUUUACAAGCUUAGUACCAUUAUUUUUAUGUUGGAAUUCUUGUGUUUUAUUUGUAUUUAAGCUCAAAAUUAAGUAGGCUAAAA